AAUUCAUUGACCUCAUACUGAUCAUCCAUAUCGAAUCCUCGUUCCUGUUCAUCUGCAACACACGUUAAUCCUUUGUAAACAUUGGAUUCUUACAGAAGAGGCACCUCCUUGAUAUUCAUUCAUUCAUAUUGAUCCUCACGUUCCCCUCUUCUUCGUCACACUGCUCACACUCCUUUGUCAACUCUAGACACUCUCUUAAUCCUCGAACACGACCCCUCCCCAUCGUCUGAUCACACAACGGCAUGCUCUCCACCUCUGGACUCUUCGUGCUCUCCGCUGUCAUCGGCGCUGCCGUGGUCAAGUCUCAAGCUGCCCCAAACUGGAUCUAUAUCCCCGCAGCGUGUCAGUCGCAAUGUGCGGUGACUCUAGAGGCUGCCUACCUCUGUCAAAACCAAUUCGCUGGAGACACCACUCAGAUUUACGGAUGCUUCUGUAACGACUUCCCAUCCGAUGCCGCGUCGUGUGCCUCGUGUCUCGACUCGAGCAAUGCCGGGGCCCUCGGAGCCCUUUUGACCUCCACGGUCACUGCUUGUCCUCAGGCUGUCCAAAGCUGCUUCUUCGCCUGUAGUUUCAACACAUGUGAAACGUCAGACGUUGCUUGUCAAUGCGACGCAGGAUACCUUGAAAACAUCUACAACUGUGGAUCUUGCAACACCGCCAAUGGGAACACUGGCGCCACUCAAUUGAGUGACUGGCAAACCCUUGAGGCAUCUUGCAAGGCUCAAAACUACCCUGGAGCCAACCAGAGUUUCACAACCGUGCCCUUGCCCAUGCCCGUGACCGACAACUACGUUGCUCCUGUUUUGACCGCUUCUGGUGGUGGAGUCGCAGCCACUGGAGAUUACCAAGCUACAGAUGGUGCCUUGGCUGCUACAGCUACUGCUACUGCCGCCUCUGGAGGUAGCACCGCAGGAUCCGGAACUGUUGGAUCAGGUUCAAGCUCUGGAUCAGGUUCAGGCUCUGGAUCGGGAUCUGGCUCCGGAUCAGGGCUUGGAUCUGGCUCAGGCACUGGCUCUGGCUCUGGCUCUGGCUCCGGCUCAGGCUCAGGCUCUGGUUCCGUCUCCGGCGCUGGAUCCGCUCCCACUGUUGUCACAGCCGCCCAGACCACUGGUGGAGCUUCGCCAAAAGCCCUGCCCGCCAUGGGAGCCAUGUUGGCUUUGAUCGGUGCCGUUGUGGCUAUUCUGUAGUGAUGUCAGACCACUAGGAUCUCUUGGCAAACUAGACCCCUUUCAUAUACCUAAAUCUCGUUAAUCACACGGACACUAGACUGUGGUCUUCCAUCUUGUUUCGAUUUGAUUUACCCUUCCCCAUUUCGGAUAGUCUUCUUGCUGCAUGUAUCAGGUCAUUGCAGACCGUUAGCCUUUC